AUGACCUCAAGACGUUUGAGUGGUCCUCGUAUAAAAGUGAAGAAAAGGGGAUCAAAACAUGACACACGGCGAUUAUGGAACGUCAAAAGACAGGUUGGUAGGCUUCCUAUUCUCCUCGGUUGUCAAACCCCCUAACCGAGAUAAUUUGAUCAGCCUUCUAAUUUUAUAGCUGUUUUAAGAAUAGCUUCUUUAAAAUUUCUAGUCUUGCUCAUCAACCCACUGUUUAGGUUGCAGUACUUUGAUUUUAUCUUCCUUAAUAACUACAAGAAGGCAUACAGAAGAUGGUAAGAUUUAUAGUUUUUUGGAUUUUAUCUUCCUUAAUAACUACAAGAAGGCAUACAGAAGAUGCUAAGAUUUAUAGUUUUUUGUUUUUUUUUUUUGAUGAAGAUGAUUAAAUUAAGAAGUAAGAACAGAUUUAUCUUUUUUCUUUGGCUUCCAUUCUCAGGCAGAAAUAAAAAUACUCUAAUUCAAAUUGAAGCAAGGCUUCCCAGCAAGCCGUGUACACGUCAAGAAAUAUUAACAAGACUGCAUGAUCGUUAA